AUGCAAAAUGCAUGGAAUAGAAUUAAUAAGGCUAUGAAAAAUAUUCAAAAUGUUAUAUUAACAGAAGAUGACAAUUUAUUUAUAAAAGAAAAGAAUGAAAGUUUGAAAGAUGAGUGCAAUAAAGAAGAAACAAAAAAAGAGUUAAAUAUAAAUUACAGACAUACGAAAUGGUCGUCUUCAAGUGAUAUUGAUAAUAAAAAUACAACAUUUAAUGAUGAAAAAAACAAUAUAGAAAAAAUAUACACUAAAAAUGUUCUAUAUGACGAAAUAAUUAGUAAUAUAGAUUUAUUUAAUAGUUUUAUAAAAAAUGAAAAGGCACAAUUAUAUAUUAAUGAAUACAAAAUUAAUUAUUAUAAUUCGGAAGAGAAAGAAUUUUUUUUAUUAAAUUUUAUAUGCAUAUGUAAAUAUACUUUAUUUAUUUUGACAAAAUUUUUAAAUAUCAAUUUAAUAGAUAAAUUUGAAUAUAUUAAUAUGAAUAAAGAAGAAUAUGAUUAUAAUAUAACACAUUUAUUUUUUAAGAUAUUAAAAAUAGAUAAGCUAUUUGAAAUAAAUGAUUUUGAAAUAGAUAAGAAAAACAAUGAAGAUAAUAACACAUAUUUCAAAAAAAAAUCUGACGAAAAUAAGGAAAUAAAAGAAAGAUUCUCCAUUAAUUAUGAAGAAGAAAAAUGUUACCUUAAUGAGAAACAAAAUGAUGAUUUAGAAAAUAUAAAAGAAAACUCUGAGAUAAAUGAUAAAGAGAAUACAUCUAAACAGUCUGAAAAUGUUGUAAUAACAGAAGUAAAAGAAAUUGAAAAAUUAAGUAAUAUUUUGCAUCAUGAAAUAAAUACAGAAAAUAAUAUGAAUAAAAAUAAUCAAAUAAAUAUUAAACAAACAAUAAAAGGGGAAAAUGUAAUUAAUGAGUGUAAUCAGAAAUCUAGAAUUUAUCAUAACAAUACUAAAGAAAAAAUUGAAGUUGAAAAGAAAGAUAUAGAAGAGAAUAUGAAGGAGGAAACAAGAAAUAUCAACAUGAAUAAUAAUAAUAAUAUUAAUAAUAAUAUAUCAUAUAGUGAAAAUUCUCAGUUCUAUUGUAAUUCUAUGAAAAAAAAAGAGGAUACAGGAUUAAAUAAAGACAAUGAAAUUUUUCCUAAUAGAACCUCUCUUAUGGAAUGUAAAGAAGAGGAUUUUUCUAUAAAUAAUGAAAAUAAAAUAGACUUAAAGAAUAUUAUAAAAUCUAUAAAAGAAGAAAAUAAUAUUAAAAUAAAUUUAUUAAACGAUAAAAUAAAAUAUUUAAAGGAUGAAUUAAUUAAAAGUAAAAAAAAUUUAAUAAAUUUUGAAAAUUUGAAGAAUGAUGUAGAAAUUUAUAAAAACGAAUUAAAUAAUAAAAAUAAAAUAAUUGAAAAUUUGAUUAAUGAGAAAAAUAUAUUGCAAGACCAUAUUAAUAUAAUACAAUCAAAAUUAGAUGAUAGCAAAAAAAGGAAUGAAGAUAAUGAUAAAUUAAAGAAAUAUUGCAAAGAAAAUCACGUAGAUAAACAAAUUAUUAUAGAAUUAAUAAAAAAUAGUCAAGAUACAUUAAAAACAAAAAAUAUUAGGAAUCAAAUAUUUUUGAUUUUAUGUGAUAUUUUAGGUAUUAAAAGCCUAAUUGAAGGUUUACAAGAAAAAACUAUAUCAGAUCAAUUUUUAGAAUUCUUAGAAGAAGAAACAAAAGAAUUUUGA